AUGUUCCACAUUUUAGCCCAGUGUUCAGUGCUAGAACAUUGGUACGUGAUUUUGACGGACCUGACUACAGAGGAGCCACCGCCGACAGCAGGACAGAUGUCCAGAAAGGCAGGUCAUUAUUCGGGCUUGGCGUCUGUUUGGAACGUGUACCGUAGCGGCAAAGUCUUCGAAAAUGGAGUCGAAACGGCCCUGAUCCGUGGCAUCGAUAUUUACUACUCGUGUCCGGAGUGGAAGCUGCUGUGGGAUGGUCUGCAACUGCAUAAAGAAUGCUGUGGAGUUCACAGCUACAAGGAUUCGAUGAAUGCCGACUGGAUGCCCCAGCUGGUGGAUAACGAUAACUGCUCGAUAGCAAGUGGUUCCAACGGGAUCCUGGCACCCUACAAAUGCUGCAAGCGAGGCUGUGAGAGUAGCACGAACCCAGAUAUGCCCGGUGGUGAACAGCAGCCGUUCCUUUCCUUCUCGCUCGAUUCCAUCCACACCAACGGCUGCCUGCCCGUGUUUUGCAAAGCCCUGUGGCGGCUCUUGUACACUCAGCUGGGACUGGCUCUGCUGUCCCUUACAUUUCUGAUCAUUCUCUGCUUUCUAACCAAAUUCAUAAUGCAGCGUCAGAACGAGGGCGAUGGCAGCUGGGACAACUUGGGUCUCACAGAUGNACUCUGCUUCUGCUUCACUCGCAACUUGAUCUGCACCGUGUCCGUGUGCAUAUUACAUAUUGCAUAUAACCACGCAAUUCUCACUGACUAUUUGUCAGAGAUUGAGUGUCGCUCGGUCCACGGUUACUUGCUGAAUAUCUACAUAUUUGGAGCACAGCUGAUUCUGACAUUCCUGUGCAGUCUGUCCAUGUGGAAGCGCUUGUGGAAGCGGCGUUGCACGCCCAACAUUCAAUUACUUCUAUCCAUUUGGCUAUUCUAUUCCUGCAUCAUCGUUGCCUCGGGCUACGUCGAAAAUGGAGUCGAAACGGCCCUGAUCCGUGGCAUCGAUAUUUACUACUCGUGUCCGGAGUGGAAGCUGCUGUGGGAUGGUCUGCAACUGCAUAAAGAAUGCUGUGGAGUUCACAGCUACAAGGAUUGGAUGAAUGCCGACUGGAUGCCCCAGCUGGUGGAUAACGAUAACUGCUCGAUAGCAAGUGGUUCCAACGGGAUCCUGGCACCCUACAAAUGCUGCAAGCGAGGCUGUGAGAGUAGCACGAACCCAGAUAUGCCCGGUGGUGAACAGCAUCCGUUCCUUUCCUUCUCGCUCGAUUCCAUCCACACCAACGGCUCUUGUACACUCAGCUGGGACUGGCUCUGCUGUCCCUUACAUUUCUGGUAA